AUGUCAGUAGAAGAGCUCCCUGGGGACAAAGAGUUUGUAUCAUGGCAGCAGGAUUUGGAGGACUCCGUAAAGCCCACACAGCAGGCCCAGCCCACUGUUAUCUGCUGGUCUGAAGGGGACAAGGAGGUCUUCAUCUCUGGGUCCUUCAACACUUGGAGCACCAAGAUUCUACUGAUUAAGAGCCAUAAUGACUUUGUUGCCAUCUUAGACCUCCCUGAGAGAGAGCACCAGUACAAAUUCUUCAUGGAUGGACAGUGGGUUCAUGAUCCAUCAGAACCUGUGGUUACCCGUCAGCUUGCCACGAUUAACAAUUUGAUCCAUGUCAAGAAUUCUCACUUUGAGGUGUUUGAUGCUUUAAAGCUAGAUUCAAAGGAAAGCUCAGAGACAUCUUAUUGA